UGCGCAAAUUUCUUUCCCUGAUUGUAUUAGGAAGGCAGUUGAGCGUUAUUGGGUCCUUUCAGUCCGUUGCUCAGCAUUGCCGCCAUGUCUGCUCUAGGCACCCUCGCCUUUGAUGAAUAUGGACGUCCAUUUAUUAUCAUCAAAGAUCAAGAUCGCAAAUCUCGUCUGUCCGGAUUGGAUGCUCUUAAGUCUCACAUUAUGGCUGCUAAAGCUGUCGCGAACACUCUUAGGACUUCGUUAGGACCGAAUGGACUUGAUAAGAUGAUGGUUGAUCAGGAUGGUCAAGUCACCAUAACAAAUGAUGGGGCAACUAUCCUUGGUAUGAUGGAUGUUGAUCAUCAGAUUGCAAAAUUGAUGGUUGAGUUGUCAAAGUCUCAAGAUGAUGAGAUUGGUGAUGGGACAACAGGAGUGGUUGUUCUUGCUGGAGCAUUGUUGGAACAAGCUGAACAGUUGUUAGAUCGUGGUAUCCAUCCUAUCAGAAUUGCAGAUGGCUACGAACAAGCUGCCAGAAUAGCUAUUGAGAACCUGAAUAAAAUCAGUGAUGAUUUUCCAGUCGAUCCUGAAAAUGUGGAACCACUUAUCCAAACGGCUAUGACAACACUUGGAUCAAAAGUAAUUAACCGUUGUCACAGGCAGAUGGCAGAAAUUGCAGUGAAUGCUGUUCUAACCGUUGCCGACAUGGAACGCAAAGAUGUGGAUUUUGAAUUGAUUAAAGUUGAGGGUAAAGUUGGAGGCAAACUUGAAGACACAAAAUUGAUUAAAGGUGUUAUUGUAGACAAAGAUUUCAGCCACCCACAAAUGCCAAAGGAAGUGAAAGAUGCUAAAAUUGCUAUUCUUACAUGUCCAUUUGAACCCCCUAAACCCAAGACAAAACAUAAGCUUGAUGUCACAUCAGUCGACGACUACAAAGCACUUCAAAAAUAUGAAAGAGAAAAAUUCCUUGAGAUGGUUAAACAGAUUAAAGAUACUGGUGCCAACCUUGCAAUUUGUCAAUGGGGCUUUGAUGAUGAAGCAAAUCAUCUCUUGCUUCAAAAUGAGCUGCCUGCUGUCCGUUGGGUCGGAGGGCCAGAAAUAGAGUUAAUUGCGAUUGCCACUGGAGGCCGCAUUGUACCUCGCUUCUGUGAGCUCACUCCUGAGAAACUUGGUUCUGCUGGCAUAGUUCGUGAAAUUUCUUUUGGAACAACAAAGGAUCGAAUGCUUAUUAUAGAGCAAUGUAAAAACUCAAGAGCUGUAACGAUAUUCAUCAGAGGUGGGAAUAAGAUGAUUAUUGAAGAAGCCAAGCGUUCACUUCAUGAUGCACUGUGUGUCAUUCGCAAUUUGGUACGUGACAGUCGCAUUGUUUAUGGUGGCGGAGCUGCAGAGAUAUCCUGUGCAUUAGCUGUAAGCCAGGCUGCUGACAAGUGUCCAUCUUUGGAGCAGUAUGCAAUGCGAGCUUUUGCUGAUGCUUUGGAAACCAUCCCAAUGUCACUUGCUGAGAAUAGUGGUAUGAACCCCAUUCAAACUAUGACUGAAAUACGAGCAAAACAGCUGAAAGACAGCAACCCUGCACUUGGCAUUGACUGUCUGCACAAGGGCACUAAUGACAUGAAACAGCAGCAUGUCAUAGAAACUCUGAUUGGCAAAAAACAGCAGCUGUCCUUGGCAACACAAGUUGUUAAAAUGAUUUUGAAGAUUGAUGACAUACGCAGACCUGGUGAAACAGAGGAGUAAAAAUGCUUCUGAAUUAAGCGACUAUAAGCAAAUUCCACUUGGCAGUUUCCAAAAGUUAUUUAUUGUGUAACACUUUUUCACAUACUGUGUGUCUACUUCUAUAUUAAAAAAUACAUUUGUCAUCCUUGCUA